UUUAAUGUUAUUAUAAAAAUGGAUGACUGCGUUUAGAUUUCAAGAUACAUGCAUUUUUAAGUUUAGAUGAAAGAAGGUUUUGUUACAUUUGAUACCCAUUGUUGCUUGUAAACAUUUCAAAUUGUGAUUUUGCCAACUUUUGUUUUCUACAUUCGGAUGAUUGUUUUUCGACAAUAGUGAAGUUUCAAUGGUUUAUCGGUGAUGAAAUAUUUCUACACGUUAAUUCUACACGUAAUUUAUAAGAUGCUGUAAAGGUUUUAAUAAUAAAAGAGAUAGUGAAAAUCGGUACCAAUUAAAAUGCUCAUUACAGUAUUGUCGCAUAUAGCUCUGAUUGUUGGAUGGAGUAUUUGUGUGGAAGGUCAUGGACGGUUGGUACAGCCGCCAUCACGAUCAACCAUGUGGCGAUUCGGAUACAGCACACCACAUAACUAUAACGAUAAUCAGCUGUUUUGCGGAGGGUCUUCAAUUCAGUGGGGACAGAAUGACGGGAAAUGUGGCGUCUGCGGGGACCGGUAUGAUGGAGCGCGCGAUAACGAGGCUCCGAACGGCAAAUACGCUACUGGUACAUUGGUUGCUAAAUACGAUGCAGGCCAAAUGAUAGAGAUCAAAGUUCAUAUAACAGCCAAUCAUAAGGGGUGGUUUGAGUACAGACUGUGUCGCAAUGAUGACCCGAAAGCGGCUGUGACCCAAACCUGUUUUGACGAAAAUCUCUUGGCAGACGAGUCUGGGAAAACAAGAUUUACGAUCACAACAUCCAUGUUCCAUAUUGCACACAAGGUCAAGCUUCCAAACGGUUUGAAAUGCAAAGCUUGCGUAAUCCAGUGGAAGUACAAUACCGGAAACAGUUGGGGAACCGAUUUUGAGACAGGAAAAGGAUGUAUAGGCUGUGGACCACAAGAACAGUUUUACGGCUGCGCAGACGUCGCCAUAGGAGCAGACGAUAUUGUUAUGCCAACGCCAGACAAAGACGUAACGGUACCAGACGGUGACGUCGACGAAAGAGAAGAGAUUGACAAAACAGACGAAUACGAUUCUAACGGUGGCUGUAAGUGUAACUGUGCUCUGACGUCAUCAGCUUCGAGGAACAUGAAGACUUCUACAAUUGUUAUAGCUUCCCUGUGUUCACUUUUAGCGCAAAUUAUAGCCUGUUUCAAAUAAGUUCAUUGCUAAUUGACAAUGAUAUGUAAAUCUAAUACGAGUAGUUUUAGAACAUUUUCUCAAUGCAUUCUUAAAUUUCUCAUCAUGACAUGUCAAAGUUAAUAUUAGUAACGUAUAUAUACGCUGUCUAUGACUUCUUUCCAAUAUUUCUGGAAACCGGACACAGUAACAUAAGAAAGGGAAUGAAGAUUUCGUUGCAAUUUUUCCUGAAUCUUUACAGGGUCUUAUUUGAAAGACCCUGAUCUGUACCAUCGUUUUAAAAUGUUUCUCAUGUAUCUAAAUACUACGGUAUUCCGUUAGGACCAUCGCCAAUGAAAGAAGUUAUUUGAAACUCGAAAAGUCGUAAACACGAAUUUACAUAGACGAAAACGCGAAAUCACGAAAACACGAACACGCGAAGGAACGACGACGAAAAUGCGAGGACACCAUGACGAAAACUCGACAAAUUCAAGUCGAGAAUCAUCACGUUUUCGUCAUCGUAAUAUUGAGCUUCCGUCUUUGUUACUUUGAGUUUUUACCAUCGUGUUUUCGACUUUUCGCGUUUGUAAUUUCUUUAUUCAUUGCCGAUGUCCCUAACGGAGCACCGUAAAAUAUUGUUCAUAUUACCUGUAAGAAUAGAAUAUCAAUUUAUCAUGAUCUCUCUGAAAUCUGGUAACACGAGUACAUUAAAAAAAGCACUUCAGUAUACCAUCAUAUUUGGCCGAUGUUUUCAACUAACAGGUUAUAAAAUUGAAAUUAUAUUUUCAAAGACCCCGCACCCGGAUUAAAUGGAACGCUAUUCAACCCCUUUCACUCUGAAUAUCUUAAAUGGACUCGUCCGUCUUUUGUUCUUGAAAAGACCAUUCAUCAUUUUAGGAAAAUUUUCACAAUGGGUUCAGCGAACAGUGCAGACCAUGAUAAGACCCGCAAAUCUUGGUCUUCAAUGGUCGCAUGAUUUUUGUGUGCUUUUUUUCUGUUGCCGCAAGCAAACAAUAUAAUUAUAUUAGCCUACAUGUACAAUAAAAUACAAGGCGCAAUCUACGGCCAUGUUCAUAUGAAAUAUGGAAAAGGCAUUUGGUGCCGGCUGAAUGUUCGUGAAGUAAAACAAUUUUGUUCUAGAUACACAUUUUGUAUGCAUUUAAAAUUAUAUUUUGUCACCGAGUAAUUAAUACCUUAUCUGUAACCAGUCCUCGAUUUCUAUGUUUUAGUUGUAUUCAACGCUUAAGUCAUAAAAAAGUCAAUUUCAAGCAGCUUAGGGUUACAGACUGCAGUGACAUGCAGGCUGAUCUAGUUCUUAAUUGAUGACCUGAGCAUGUUAUUGCCUGCCAGGUAGAGUACGGGUAAGAAAUGUUGAACUAUACAAGUUUGUUAAACUAUACAAGUUUGUUGAACUAUAAAAGUUUGUUAAACUAUACAAGUUUGUUAAACUAUACAAGUUUACUCGUACUUUUUGUAUGCUAUUGGGUUUCCGAUAUCAGUUACUCGAUAUUCGAGGCCUUUUUAAGAUAUAACGUAAUUACUAAAAAAUCCAUUUGUUCUCGUAUAUUUUGAUAAAUUAAGGGCUGGUUCCCAUCUGUUUUCACGUUUGUCUGCUAAAAUGUAAUGUCUUUUUUAUGAUAAGAAAGAUUAAAUUAUAUUCAUAUACUCA